CCAAAACCAAAGCCCUUGCAGUAAAAGAACCAUGUCUUCUCCUCAAAACGAAGUCCAGGCUGUCCAGCCCAUCUCCAACGACACCUCAUCGUCGAGACUCCCCAUCCGUGAAAUCCCCGGCAGCUAUGGCAUUCCUUUCAUCGGUGCAAUCAAAGACCGUCUCGACUACUACUACAACCAAGGUCGAGACAAUUUCUUCAAGAUCCGAAUGCAGAAAUACCAAUCAACGGUCUUCCGAUCCAACAUGCCGCCAGGAUCCUUCAUGGCCAAGGACCCACGAGUCAUCGUCCUCCUCGAUGCCAAAAGCUUCCCUAUCCUCUUCGACGUUACCAAAGUUGAAAAACGUGACGUCCUCACCGGCACUUACAUCCCCUCCACCUCACUCACCGGCGGCUAUCGAGUCCUCGCCUACCUCGAUCCGUCCGAGCCCAGCCACACCAACAUCAAAAAUCUCAUUUUCUUCAUACUUUCCACCCGUCAUGGUAAAUUCAUACCAGAAUUCCACAAAAGCUUCAGCACCCUCUUCGAUAAUCUCGAAGCCGAGCUUUCUAAGAGUGGGAAAGCCGAUUUCAAUUCUCUAAAUGACGUUACAUCAUUCGAUUACCUUUCCCAGGCUUUUUUUGGAGUAAAUCCUUCAGAUACAAUGCUCGGUUCGAACGGGUCUAAGAUCGCUGCAAAAUGGCUUUUGUUCCAGCUUCAUCCAUUGAUGACUCUGGGACUGCCGAAGCUUUUGGAGGAACUCCUCCUCCAUACAUUCCAUCUUCCUCCAUUCCUCGUGAAAUCCGAUUACAAUAAGCUCUACGAUUUCUUCUACAAAGCCUCAACUAAAUUUCUAGACGAGGCGGAGAAGAUGGGAAUUAAAAGAGAUGAAGCAUGUCAUAAUAUCCUCUUCGCAACGAUUUUUAACGCGUACGGCGGGAUGAAGUUGUUAUUCCCAGGGAUAUUGAAGUGGGUCUCUCUUGCGGGAGCUGAGCUGCACCAGCAGCUUACAGACGAGAUCCGGUCUAACGUUAAAUCCAACGACGGGCAGGUAACGUUAGCGGCUAUUGAGAAGAUGCCGUUAACGAAGUCUGUUGUGUAUGAGGCUUUGCGAAUCGAACCACCGGUUAUGUUCCAGUAUGGGAAAGCUAAGAAGGAUCUGAUUAUCGAGAGUCAUGAUGCGGCAUUUGAGAUCAAGAAAGGAGAGAUGAUUUUUGGGUUUCAGCCAUUUGCGACGAAAGAUCCAAAGAUUUUCGAGGAUGGUGAGGAGUUUAUCGGGAAUAGGUUUGUUGGGGAGGGAGAGAAGUUGGUGAAGUAUGUGGUUUGGUCGAAUGGACCAGAGACGGAGAGUCCGACGGUGGGAAAUAAGCAAUGUGCUGGUAAGGAUAUUGUGGUGAUGAUGGGGAUGCUUUUGGUGAUCGAGUUCUUCCUCCGUUACGAUACGUUUACGGCCGACAUCGGGAAUCUGCCGUUCGGGCCAUCGGUUACGGUGAAGUCGUUGACGAAGGCAGUCUGAAAGUUGUGAUGUUGCCGGAAAUGUAGUGGGUAUGUCGGUUGUCGGUGCUGUAAAGUACUCGACUGCGUAGUGAAGCAGACAGCACAUGUUUUAUCCAUGCCGUCCGUCGAUUUUGCCAGCACAUUUUAGAGGCGUGAGCGAAAAAAAAAAGAAAAAAAGAGUAGAUCUAAAUCUAAGUUGGACUAGAAAGACAGGGUGAUUGAAUGCUACCGUUAAAAACUUUCAGGAAUACAUAAGUUUUGGAUGAAGCUAGCAUAUGUAUUUGCCCUUCAUCUAGGUCCGUGUAAUCUGAUAAAGAGGUUGGAUAUUAAAUAAAUAUUACAGUGGACCUGGGGAAGUUUUGAACGGUGGUCAUUUAAUCAUGGUCGUUUGUUCGUUGUAGUACUGUGGUCUAUCUUGGAUUUGGAUUUUCCUUAAUGUUGGGCUCAUGCCAAUCCGGUAAAAUGGAUGGACGGGUGGAUAAGACACCUAUAUCAGGGGUGGGCCUGAAUUUAGAUCUGCCUCAUUGAGUGAUUGUUGGGCUCAUGCCAAUCUGGUAAAAUGGAUGGAAUUCGGAUACUCCACUUGCCAUGGGCAGAAAAUAAGGUAAUGAUAAUGUGGCCUGAUUACAUUACAACAAGAUGGGAAUCUCGAUUAAUGAAUGGAAGGGUCGAUAGGACACCUGCAUAAAGGUAGGCUCAAUGAGCUUUUCCUGUAACAUACCGUAUGGCCAUCUUUGCUGUAUGCUACUGAUAUUCCUUAUUAAGGUCGCAGAUGUAUGUGUUAUUAA